AAAAUAGCUGAUCCGCAACGUCCCGCGUCUAUCCCAUGUUUCUUCACUCUUUCUGUCGUCAACAACCAGGGAAAGCAAGGAACGCACCUGUAUGUGCUAGUCAAGGGUUGUCGCGGAUUGACGUGAUCGAGCGUCGUCGAGGAAGAAAGGAUCAGCGGAAGAGGAACGCGACAAAAGGGAGAAACGCGUGAAUUCGUGUGAAGGAACUGCGCUUACUUUUGAAUCUCACGUCUUGUGCUGUGAUCGAAAAGAUGCCUAACAUUAAGCUACAGAGUUCUGAUGGCGAGGUGUUUGAAGUUGAUGUUGAGAUCGCCAAAUGUUCAGUCACCAUCAAGACUAUGUUAGAGGAUCUUGGUAUGGACGAGGAGGAGGAGGAGAUUGUACCUUUGCCGAAUGUUAAUUCGGCCAUCUUGAGAAAGGUCAUACAGUGGGCUACAUAUCACAAGGAUGAUCCACCACCACCAGAGGACGAUGAGAAUAAAGAAAAGCGUACUGAUGAUAUUAGCUCUUGGGAUGCAGAUUUCCUGAAGGUGGAUCAAGGAACUCUCUUUGAAUUGAUCUUGGCAGCCAACUAUCUGGAUAUUAAAGGACUCUUGGAUGUUACAUGCAAAACCGUCGCCAAUAUGAUCAAAGGCAAGACGCCCGAAGAGAUUCGCAAAACAUUCAACAUCAAGAAUGAUUUUACAGCUUCUGAGGAAGAACAAGUGCGCAAGGAGAACGAAUGGUGUGAAGAGAAAUAGAUGGGCUCGCGAUUUCUUAUAAUUGCGGGAAUGUUUCGAGUGUUAAAUAAUUCAUCAUUGCGUUACUAGAUGUCGAACUUAAACGAAGCACCGCGUUAAUAACUUUAAUAAAUUUCUCUCCCAGUGGCGCAAUUUUUUUUUUCAUGAAAGAAUAAAAUCCCAAUUUACUGUAAAAUCAAAUAACUAUGCAAAUAACUAUCCAAAUAUGUAUCACGUAGGUUCAUUGUUAUUUAUUUCAAGUAAAGGUAGGAUAAUAAUUGUAAAUUACUUUGUGAAAUAUAUAUUUACACUCUUCACUCUUUAAAAUUUGUUGGAGGACAUUGCCUUGAACAUGGCCAACAAUUAAAUAUAAUGUAUGUUAACUUUUAAUUUUCUUAUUUUCAAGCUUCUAGGAUACGACUUUAGAAAACGCUAAUGAUUUUAUAUAGUACAAUAUUACAAAUUUAUAUUUAAGGAUAUGUACACAUGUGGUUUAAAAAUAUUAAUAAACUUAAAAGUAAUUA